GGCCCUGGUGCCUGCAGGUCCAGAAUUCCAGGCACAGCAGUGCUGAGGAAAAUGUGCAGCCACUGGGCCCCUGGAAGGAAGCCCCCCCCCCCCAUACUCCCAGUGUUAAGGGGAGCCUGGGGCUGGUGGCCACUUGGGGCAGAGGUGGGGCAAGAUGGCCCAGGAAGCCAAAUUCAUUAGUCCCGGGUGGGGCAGGGGGAGGGGCGGGCUGAGCCACUUGACUCUUGAGCUGGGUGGUGGGUGGGCAGCCAGGGGCUGAGUUGAGGUGAGUUGAGGCAGGGGAGCCCCCACUCAGAUGGCGAGCUGUGAGUCAGGAAGGGACUCGUGUGAGGUGGAGGGAGCCCAGAGGCACGCCUGCAGCUCUGCAGCUGGGCCGGGUCCCACCCCCGAGAGGCGGGGCGGCCCAGCCCUGUGCUUCGCUCCAUCCCUCGGGGAGAGGAGGGCACAGCCAGGCAGUCGCCGGAACCGGUCGCACUGUCCCCUUGGAGGGGAGGGGAGGCACCAUGCCCUCACCAGCCUGGACACCAGACGUGGCCUGACGUCAUGUGCAGGUGAUACCUGGAGGAAGGCCCAGGCAGGGCGAGCAGCACCUGUGCUGGGGGCCAUGCAGGCUGCCGGCUGCUGCAGACCUCCUCCCCUAGGACAAAGCCUGAGAUGACCCCUAACAACACCAGGGAGGCGGCCAGCCCGGUGCCCACAGGGGUCCUAGGUCUGUCCCUGGCACUGGCUGGCCUCAUCGUGGUGGCCAACCUGCUCCUGGCCAUGGGCAUAGCCAGGGACCGCCAUCUGCGGAGCCCACCCGCUGGAUGCUUCUUCCUCAGCCUGCUGCUGGCAGGGCUGCUCACGGGGCUGGCACUGCCCACACUGCCCGGCCUGUGGAGCCAGAGCCGCCGCGGCUACUGGCCGUGCCUACUGCUGCACCUGGCACCCAACUUCUCCUUCCUGUCGCUGCUUGCCAACCUGCUGCUGGUCCACGCCGAGCGCUAUGUGGCAGUGCUGCGGCCUCUACAGGGGCACCGUGGGGGUGCCCGGCUGGCACUGCUUCCCACCUGGGCAGGGCCCCUACUCUUUGCCAGCCUGCCCGCCCUGGGCUGGAACCGCUGGACACCCGGGGCCAACUGCAGCUCCCAGGCCGUGUUCCCAGCACCCUACCUCUACCUGGAGGUCUAUGGGCUACUACUGCCAGCUGUGGGUGCCGCCGCGCUGCUCUGUGCCCGGGUGCUGCUGGCCGCUCACCGCCAGCUGCGAGACAUCCGGCGGCUGGAGCGGGCCGUGUGGCGUGGGGCGCCCUCCACACUGGCCCGGGCACUGUGCUGGAGGCAGGCCCGUGCGCAGGCUGGUGCCACAUUGCUCUUUGGGCUGUGCUGGGGGCCAUAUGUGGCCACACUGCUCCUCUCUGUCCUGGCCUAUGAGCAGCGGCCUCCGCUGGGGCCGGGGACUCUGCUGGCACUUGUAUCUCUGGGCAGUGCCAGUGCAGCAGCUGUGCCUGUGGCCAUGGGGCUGGGCGACCAGCGUUACAGUGCCCCCUGGAGGGCAGCCAUACGGAACUGCCUCCAGAGGCUGCGGGCAAGGGUCUCCUCUGAGGGCAGCCCAGGCCCCACCUACCACACCAGCAGCCAGAGCAGCGUGGACCUGGACUUGAACUAGGUGUGCCACACCUUGGCUCGGCCUAGAGCCCACCCCAUCCCGACUUUGCCCAGACAUCAGACACCUCUGGCCUGUCUGCGGUGAUGGCAUUCCAGCCCCAGAGAACGACAGAACAGCUACAGGAGUGGGCUGAGGCGGCGGCACAGGAUUGGACUCACAAGAGUGAGGCCUCAAGUUCAAAUCCCAGCAUGGCUUGUGCCAGAGUGAUGAUGCUCUGGCUCUCUCUCAUCAAUAAAUAAAUUAAUCUUAAAUAUAUAUAUAUAUAUAUUCAGAACAGUCACAGAAAGAAGCUCAAGGCAGGUAUGCAUCAAGGAGGAUUCAGACUCUAGAAAGGGGGUUGUAAUUCCCCGCAGCCUCACAAACC